AUGUCUGAAACCGAGUCCGGGAAACGCAAGGCCUCGACCGCCGGCCUUGCCGCACAUAACCGCCCUGUCAAGCGCCGAGCCUCCAAGGCAUGUUGUUGUUGUCGAGCACGUAAAGUGCGCUGUGAUGUGGUGGAAAAUGGAUCACCAUGUACCAAUUGUCGUCUAGACCAAGUCGAAUGUGUGGUCACAGAAAGCAAACGGAGAAAGAAGUCUCGUGUUGAGGUGGAAAAUGCUCAUGCAGACUCCCCUGGUGAGGUCUCGGAAGACAAUCCCUUGCAUGCGAUUCAAGGUUUGCCUGAUAUGGCUCCAACUUCGCCAUCACAGGCUUCAGUGGAUAUAGAUCAUGGGCAACAUAUGCCACAUUUACUAUAUCAAACACAGGCAAACCGAAUCGGCUGUGAUGAUCUAUAUCGUCAUGGUCGUCGUAUGGCGGCAACCCCCGCGGUCCCCACUUCAAUGCCUCUAGCCAACGCGACUCUGCAAAUCCAACAAUUGCUCGACCCGAACUUCGGAACCCAACGAACCGCCGGUGAUUACUUACCUGACUACAUUCGUGGCUUACCCGCCCGGUUUCAGAAGGAGGAUAUCGAGUACCUCGCCGCGAAGGGCGCCCUGACUAUUCCCGAUAUCAACUUGCGAAACGAACUCCUGAAGGCCUAUAUUCACUAUGUGCAUUCGUAUAUGCCGCUGUUGGAUCUGGAAGAGUUUCUACAGACAAUCGUGCAGAAUGAUGGCGUGCAUCGCAUUAGUCUCCUCUUGUUUCAGGCUGUCAUGUUCGCGGGAAUGGCUUUUAUUGAUAUGAAGCAUCUCCAAGCUGCGGGCUAUCAGACCCGUAAAGCUGCGCGCAAGAUUUUCUUCCAGCGUGCACGCUUGCUCUAUGAUUUCGAUUAUGAGGUAGAUCGUAUCUCUCUUGUUCAAUCCUUGCUUCUCAUGACCUACUGGUAUGAGACUCCUGAUGAUCAGAAGGAUACCUGGCACUGGAUGGGUGUUAGUCUGUCCCUGGCUCAUACAAUUGGUCUGCAUCGAGAUCCUGGGAACUCGCGUAUGGAUCUUCGUCGCCAGAGAAUGUGGAAACGCAUCUGGUGGAGUACCUAUACUCGCGAUCGAUUGAUCGCGUUGGGUAUGCGGAGACCUAUGCGUGUAAAAGAUGAUGACUGUGAUGUGCCGAUGUUGACGCUGGAUGACUUUGAAUUCCAAGCCUUCUCACCGGAAAUUGUGAAGAUGGUUGGUGAUUCAGAGAUCCUGCAGAAUAUCAGCCACCAACGAGAGUUGGCGCUGAUGUUCAUUGAGAAGGCUAAGCUGUGUCUCUGUGUGAGUCAUGUGCUUUCCGCUCAGUAUUCGGUUCUCAGUCAUAAGUUCGGAGGUACAAUGGAGACUACCAUGAUGCUUGUCCCGAAGAAAUCAACGGCCGAGUCAUUUGAGGUGCGAAGAUGUGACCAGGAACUGGAGGAUUGGGUCGCCAAUCUCCCUGUGGAAACUCAAUAUACACCAUCCGGAGUUUCAAAACUUCCUGAGGCUCGUGAGGUUCUACACUCUCAUCGGGCUCUCUUGAAGAUGGUCUAUCUUACUACCUCCAGUGCUCUUCAUCGCCCUCAGGUCCUGCCCGCCGUUCCUUACCCAUCUAUGGAUUCCGAGUUGCAGGAGCUCUCUCGCCAGAAAGUCCGAUACGCCGCAGUGGAAAUCACCAACAUUGCCCAGGACCUCCACAUUCUAGACUUGACUCGCUACUAUCCUACCACCGGAGUCACGGUUCUUCUCCCCGCAGUCAUUAUUCAUCUACUCGAUAUCAAGUCCACCGACCCCAGCGUUCGCAUGACCAGUCUCCAGCGUUUCUACCAAUGCAUGCGCAUCUUACAACGUCUCCGUGAGAUCUAUGCCUCAGCCGACUUCGCCACUUCAUUCUUGGAAGCCGCAAUCCGAAAGGCUGGUAUUCAACUCACGGUCGCACCGCAAGACGUGCAUUCUAAGCGUUCUCGCAAGACCACCGUGCCUACCACCAGCAGUGAUCCCUUCGAUUCUUUAUCUCGCAAUAACACCUUGACCCCUCCACCCGAUUCUCUGGCUCAGAAGAUCCCCGACCUUACAUAUCCACAAAAGGCCCCCGCAGGCGGGCGGUCUACGGGUGGCUUGUUCGUUGCGACACCUCCACACUCUGAUGGUAGUGAAAAUGGCAGCACGAACAAUAUCAACCCUACCCACGACGCCUUUGCGAUUCCAGAAUUGAACUCUGAACUCAGUCUUACGGAAUUGAUGGAUCUGGCCAAUGAUGCUGAAGUUACUCAGAAUGACUUUGACGCGCUUAUCAAUUUCGAUGAUGCUGGUAAUGAGUUCUUUGCCGAUGAAUCUGCUCAAUCACAGGCGCAGACACAGAACCAGAACCAAUCCCAGUCUCAUUCUCAGUCCCAAUCUAUGGAUGAUAAGGGCUUUGAUUUCGCUAUUGAUAAUAUGACUAUUCUCGGCUUUGAUACCGAUAAGUAUACUGAUAAGUCUAUGGAUUUUGCGGAUCGUGCGUCCUCGGGUCCUGAUUUUUCUACCGAGGCUCAUUCUCGGUCUGGGCUGACGAGUGAUCUUGAUACGGAUCUUGGAAUUACCCUGGAAUAA